AUGAACAAUAAAAUUAGUGGUACGGAUUUUCGAAAUCUACGUUUCAAGAGCUAUCGAAUGAGUAUAAUCAUGCCAGGGUUCUGAGCACUUUGGGUCCCACCACGAAAAGCAGGGUUACUGUAGUUUUCGUGAUAGGACCAAAGUGCCAGAACCCUGGCAUGAUUAUACUCAUUCGAAAGCUCUCGACGAGCUGAGUAUGAUUCCUACAAUGUUUUCUAGUAAUUUCAAUAUCCUCCACUAGCAACAAUCCACGUUUGCCGCCAAUCCAACGACCUUCGAGACUUCGGCAGAAAUUCGAGAGAGUCCUUCUCCUGCAAUCCUUUUCCACAACUACUUUUCUGCUUGGCUACGAGCUCAGCGGACUUUUUAUUCGCAUUUUUUCGGUUUGUCAACGAGCGACGGUUGCUUGAACGAAAAGUGUGUGAAAUUUCAGCAGGACUACGCGUUGUUAUCAGAGGAAAUUCGUCGAUUUGUGUUCUACACGAGAAUAUCCGCAUCUUCGCUCCUUUGCUUCCUCGUUUACCUAGUGGGAACUCCUUCGAUCCGUCGGAUUAUUGUCGAGAAAGUUUCGUCAAUUUAUAACUCACACAGCGACGUUUCGACGGUUCUUAUUUGA